GCUGAGCUGGCGUCUGGGCUGGUCUGUGCGAACGGGGAGCCCAAGCAAGCAGUGGGUGGGGUGUCAAGGAACAAGAGCUUCUGAAAAAGGAAAGAGAAAAGGGAGGGAAAUUGAUUCCUCGGCCGCUGGAGCAGAGAAACUUACUUUACUGCACACACACUGGAUAUGCCGAAGUUUCUGAGCAGCGGCAGCAGAGAGAGAGGGAGAUACACACACACGCAAGAGGAGGGACCUCGGUGCUGCUGUGGACGUGUGCGUGUUUGAAUUUGUUGCUCUGCAGUUUGUAUGAAAUUCACAUGGAAGUGAAGGAAGAGAAAGACUUCACAUUGCAGCAAUCUGCCACCAGCACCAGUUUGAACAGAGUGUGAGUGAUUAUGAAAGGGAGGAGGAGCACUGGAUGUGUCCAGGAGUCUGUUGGAAAUGUGCAGCCUGUCUCGCCAGGACAGUAGCAAAGAUUCGGACUUUUGAUGUCUAGCUGUCUGUUAGUGCAUGAUAUAUAUGGUGCUGCUGGGGUGUCUGAGGUGGGGCUCCAGGUGUAUGGGUGCAGCUCAGCAUGGCCCAGGACAUAGCCCCGGCUAAAGGAUGCAAGCAGCCCCAGAGCUCCAGCUCCAGGAGGGAGGGUAAGAGUCGCACUGUCCGCUCCAACCUGCUGCCCCUCGGCCCGAAAGGCAGCGACCAGCCCCGGAGGCUGCACGCCAGCAACCGCCUCAAGACCACCAAGUACACGCUGCUCUCCUUCCUGCCCAAGAACCUCUUUGAGCAGUUCCACCGCUUCGCCAAUGUCUACUUCGUCUUCAUCGCCCUCCUGAACUUCGUACCCAUCGUCGGUGCCUUCCAGCCCGAGCUGGCUCUUGCCCCUGUGGUCUUCAUCUUGGCUGUCACUGCAUUGAAGGACCUGUGGGAGGAUUACAGGAGGUACAGGUCUGACCAGGAGAUCAACCACAUGGACUGCCUCGUUUACUGCAGGAAUGAGAAAAAAUACGUGGAGAAAUACUGGAAAGAAGUUCAGGUCGGGGAUUUUGUUCGCCUGCGCUGCAAUGAAAUCAUUCCUGCCGAUAUCCUGCUGCUGUACUCCAGUGACCCUGAUGGACUCUGCCAUAUCGAGACUGCUAAUCUGGAUGGAGAGACCAACCUCAAACAGCGACAGGUUAUUAAGGGUUUCACUGAGCUGGAAACAGAAUUUGAUCCCAUGAAGUUUAACAGUGUGAUUGAAUGUGAAAAGCCACACAACGAUCUGAACCGAUUUCGAGGAUAUAUAGUGUACAAAAAUGGAAAGAGAGCAGGACUUUCUAAAGACAACCUCUUACUUCGAGGAUGCACAGUUAGAAAUACUGAAGAGGUUGUGGGGAUCGUAAUCUAUGCAGGUCAUGAGACCAAAGCUCUGUUAAACAACAAUGGACCACGCUACAAACGCAGCAAGCUGGAGAGACAAAUGAAUGUAGACGUCUUCUGGUGUGUGAUCAUUCUUUUUGUGAUGUGCCUUUUCUCAGCCAUUGGCCAUGGACUUUGGGUAGCACAGUAUGGUGAUCAGCGGCCAGUAUUUGAUGUUCUCAGCAGCGAUGGCAAAGCUUUGUCUCCUGCUUUAUCUGGAUUAUAUUUGUUCUUCACAAUGAUAAUUGUCCUACAGGUGUUGAUUCCAAUCUCACUCUAUGUCUCCAUUGAGAUUAUUAAAAUUUGCCAAGUGUUUUUCAUCCAUCAAGACGUGGACCUGUACGAUGAAGAGACUGAUUCUCGCCUGCAAUGCCGGGCACUAAACAUCACAGAAGACCUGGGACAAAUACAGUAUAUUUUCUCUGACAAAACUGGAACACUCACAGAAAACAAAAUGGUGUUCCGAAGAUGUACAGUGGCAGGGGUUGAGUACUCUCAUGACGCCAAUGCAAAGAGAUUGGCCAUGUACCAAGAGCCUGACUCAGAGGACGAGGAAUGUAUGUCUAAAUCAGGAACCAUACCAAGGUGUGAUAGCACGUCCAGUCAUCAGAGUGCCAAAUUUGUUCACCGAACCCAAAGCACUAAAUCUCAUCGGCGUACGGGCAGCAGGGCGGAAGCUAAGAGGGCCAGCAUUCUCUCCAAACACACUGCUUUCAGCAGCCCGAUGGAAAAAGAUAUCACUCCUGACCCUCAAUUAUUAGAAAAGGUGAAUGAAUGUGCGAGUCAGCUGGAGGUUUUGAGACACCAUGGUCACCCGUUGAGCCAUUUGACCCCUGAACUAUCGGACAUCAUUGACUUUUUUAUAGCGUUGACUGUCUGCAACACUGUUGUGGUUUCAUCUCCAAAUCAGCCACGACACAAGGCUCGCGUCCGAUUUGAGCUGAAAUCUCCAGUCAAGACUUUGGAGGAUUUCAUCAAAAGGUUUACCCCCAGUCGCCUGACUUCGGGUUCGAACAGCAGUAGCUCAUCCAGCCUUUCCACGAGCAAGUCACUGUACAGGGUCUCGUCCAGCGCCAUUUCCUCUCCUUCAGGAGAUGUUACCUUACUGAAAAUGGGCGAGGAGUUUGGCCGAUCGUCCCAGAGGGAAAAGGGCGAGAGUGUCUCACGGCCAGGAGCAGUGAGAGACGGUGGGAAAGAUGGAGAGCUGAGGUACGAGGCCGAGAGCCCGGACGAAGCGGCUCUUGUCUAUGCAGCCAGGGCCUACAACUGUGCCCUGGUCGAGAGACUACCCGAGCAGGUGACCGUGGAGUUGCCGCAUGUGGGAAAGUUAACCGUCGAACUCUUGCACACCGUGGGGUUUGACUCCACCCGGAAGCGGAUGUCUGUUGUGGUGAGGCAUCCACUGACCGACGAGAUUGUCGUUUACACCAAAGGGGCAGAUUCUGUCAUUAUGGACCUCCUUCAGCAGCCCUCUACAGAGAUGAGCACAGGGAAACGCGCAAGGAAAAUCCGAAACAAAACACAGAAUUAUCUAAACCAAUACGCCACUGAUGGACUCCGGACGCUGUGCAUAGCCAAGAGGGUCCUGCGUAAGGAAGAAUAUGCACAGUGGCUGGAAAAUCAUUUGGAGGCAGAGUCUUCAGUUGAAAACAGGGAUGAGUUGUUAUUCCAGUCAGCAGUGCACCUGGAGACUGACCUUCAGCUGUUAGGUGCAACUGGUAUUGAAGACCGUUUGCAGGAUGGCGUUCCUGAAACAAUCUCAAAUUUACGAAAAGCUGCUUUACAGAUAUGGGUUCUGACCGGGGACAAACAGGAAACAGCAGUCAAUAUUGCUUAUGCCUGCAAGCUCCUGGGUCACGAUGAGGAGAUUCUCACCUUGAAUGCUGAAUCGCAGGAAGCCUGUGCUGCUUUGCUGGAGCAAUGCUUGAACUACAUUGAAUCAAAGAUUCCUCAGAACAAUCGGUUCAAUGUGGCUCAAAAUACAUCAGUUCACUUUAUCCCUUCAAAUAGGACUUCAGUGACCUCGCCCACCCUGCGAGCCAACUUCAGCUUGGUCAUCGAUGGAAAGACUCUAACCUUUGCAUUGGAAAAGACAUUAGAGGACAAAUUUCUUGCAUUGGCCCAAAGUUGCCGCUCAGUGUUAUGCUGUCGCUCGACGCCACUACAGAAAAGCAUGGUGGUUAAACUAGUCCGAGAUAAGCUAAAAGUUAUGACCUUGGCAAUAGGAGAUGGGGCCAAUGAUGUGAGCAUGAUCCAGGUUGCUGAUGUUGGAGUGGGAAUCUCUGGCCAGGAAGGGAUGCAGGCAGUAAUGGCAAGUGACUUUGCCAUUGCACGGUUUCGACAUUUGCAAAAGCUGUUACUGGUUCACGGGCAUUGGUGUUACUCCAGGCUUGCCAACAUGGUGCUCUAUUUCUUCUAUAAAAAUGCAAUGUUUGUUGCUCUUCUAUUCUGGUAUCAAUUCUUCUGUGGAUUCUCAGGGUCAGCCAUGAUAGACCAGUGGUACCUUAUCUUCUUUAACCUUCUGUUUUCAUCGAUCCCACAACUCAUCACUGGAAUACUUGAUAAGGACGUUUCAGCAGGAACCUUGUUGACCUUACCUCAACUUUACAAAAGUGGACAGCAUUCAGAGGAAUACAAGCCAUACAUGUUCUGGAUGAACAUGAUUGAUGCUCUCUAUCAAAGUCUGAUCUGCUUCUUCUUUCCCUAUUUGGCUUACCAGGAUUCUGAUAUCGAUGUGUUUACUUGGGGAACACCCAUCACCACACUGGCUCUGUUCACAAUCUUAAUGCAUUUGUGCAUUGAAACUAAGACUUGGACUUGGAUGCAUGUUGCCUCCAUAACUUUCAGCAUCCUGCUGUUCUUCACUGUUGCAUUAAGUUACAAUGCAGCCUGUCCUGCCUGCUACCCUCCGUCCAAUCCCUACUGGACCAUGCAGAGGUUGAUGACAGAUCCCAAGUUCUAUCUGAUUUGUAUUCUUACACCAGUGGCAGCCUUACUACCGAGGUACUCGUACCGAAUAUUUCAAAGCACAAUGUUCCCCACGCCAAUCCAGCGAGGGCGCCAGCUGGACAAACUCCAGCCCACGGCUUUCAACCAGGCUCAGAAAUGGAACACACAAGGCAAUUGGCCGGUUACAUCGAAACCUGACUUGGUAAUGCCGCUUUCGAAGGAUUCUGGGAUCGGAGCUGAUGAGUCCUCAAUCAGCACAAGCCAAAGCGUCCCCUUGGAUGCAAACCAAAUCUCUAAUGAACCAUUCAGUCAACCACAUGCGCCUGAGUUACAAGAAACCAGCUUGCCAGCAAUGAAGUUGACAGAAAGUGCAAACUACUCUCUUCCAAAUGGUUGCUCAUCGUCUGUUUCUAUUCGUGAUGCACAGGCGCACUUGCACAAACUUCAGAAACCUGGUUCAACGACAGAGUUGUCUUUCCCAGUGGAUGGAGUACGACCGAACACUCAUACUGAUGUAGGCCCAACCAAUUUACACUCACUAAACUGUAGGCCAUCAACAGCAUCUCCUAAUGACAUAGUGUGUUUUUUACAUUCCUCCCAUCACCAUGGUUUACAGACACAGACAAUGGAAAGUGAAAGCUUGGUGCCAGGUAACAUAAAACCAGAGCGUGGCAAACUCUCUGCAAAAGUGUUUCCAGACACUUCCCAAGUCUCAACCCAUAUGAUUCCAACAAACUCAUUGGGGGAAAGUUCUUUGGAAAUGACUCCAUUGUGACCAAGAGUUGGCCAUCUAAAGUGCCUUUAUUUUAAAUUUUUGCACAGUUUCAGUCUUUCUUAUAAAAUUUUAUAUUUAAUAUUA